CUCUUUUUCCCGCCACUGUCAUGGCGGACUACAACACAGGGGGAGGCCCAACCGUCGGGGGAAUAGGACUAGGAGUUAGUGGUGGAGGACCUCCGGGCCCUCCCGCCGUCGGGGAUCGGGGAGGCGGAGCACAACCUGCACCGCCAGUAGCGGGUAACUCGGGAAUUCGUAAGGACGCGUUCGCCGACGCCGUUCAGCGGGCCCGACAGAUAGCAGCUAAAAUUGGAGGUGAUGCAGCCACAACGAUGAAUAACAGUACUCCAGAUUUUGGGUUUGGGGGCCAAAAGAGACAACUGGAAGAUGGAGAUCAGCCAGAAAGCAAGAAGCUGGCAGCUCAGAAUGAGUCUCUUGGUUCACAGCUGGGACCCAUUCACCCUCCUCCAAGCAGAUCUUCAAUGACAGAAGAAUAUAGGGUCCCUGACGGCAUGGUGGGAUUGAUCAUUGGUCGAGGAGGCGAGCAGAUCAACAAAAUUCAGCAAGACUCUGGUUGCAAAGUACAGAUCUCUCCAGAUAGUGGUGGCUUACCUGAACGUAGUGUCUCACUAACCGGGGCCCCUGAAUCUGUGCAGAAAGCAAAGUUGAUGCUGGAUGAUAUUGUUUCUCGAGGGCGUGGUGGCCCUCCUGGCCAGUUCCAUGAUAAUGCAAAUGGGGGCCAGAAUGGCACAGUGCAGGAGAUCAUGAUUCCAGCAGGAAAGGCAGGCUUGGUAAUUGGCAAAGGCGGUGAAACCAUUAAACAGCUGCAGGAGCGAGCUGGAGUAAAAAUGAUUUUAAUUCAAGAUGGUUCCCAAAACACAAAUGUGGACAAACCUCUCCGGAUCAUUGGGGAUUCAUACAAAGUACAGCAAGCCUGUGAAAUGGUGAUGGACAUCCUUCGGGAACGUGACCAGGGAGGUUUUGGGGAUCGUAAUGAGUUUGGAUCCAGAAUUGGUGGAGGAAUAGAUGUCCCGGUACCCAGGCAUUCUGUAGGUGUGGUGAUUGGACGGAGUGGAGAGAUGAUAAAAAAAAUACAAAAUGAUGCUGGAGUGCGGAUUCAAUUCAAACAAGAUGAUGGGACAGGCCCUGAAAAGAUUGCCCACAUCAUGGGACCCCCAGACCGCUGUGAGCAUGCUGCCCGAAUCAUCAAUGAUCUUCUCCAGAGCCUGCGGAGUGGCCACCCAGGCCCUCCAGGGGGUCCUGGCAUGCCUCCAGGAAGCAGGGGUAGGGGCAGAGGCCAUGGAAAUUGGGGUCCACCUGGGGGUGAGAUGACUUUUUCUAUACCCACCCACAAAUGUGGAUUAGUGAUUGGCCGAGGUGGGGAGAAUGUGAAAGCUGUAAACCAGCAAACAGGUGCUUUUGUGGAGAUAUCCCGGCAGCUUCCACCUAAUGGUGACCCAAACUUUAAAUUGUUUAUUAUCCGGGGCUCCCCACAGCAAAUUGAUCAUGCCAAACAGCUCAUUGAGGAAAAGAUUGAGGGUCCUCUGUGCCCUGUAGGACCUGGACCUGGAGGACCAGGUCCCACUGGCCCCAUGGCACCUUUCAAUCCAGGACCAUUCAACCAAGGUCCACCUGGAGCUCCCCCUCAUGCUGGGGGUCCUCCCCCACAUCCGUAUCCACCCCAGGGCUGGGGGAGUACGUACUCACAGUGGCAGCCACCUGCUCCACAUGACCCAAGUAAAGUAACAACUACAACAGCUGACCCCAACACAGCUUGGGCUGCAUACUACUCACAUUACUACCAACAACCCCCUGUUCCCAUCCAAGGCUCAGUGCCAACUCCCACAGCUCCACCAUCACAGGGGGAACCACCUCAACCCCCACCUACUGGACAGUCAGACUACACUAAGGCUUGGGAAGAGUAUUACAAAAAAAUAGGCCAGCAGCCGCAGCAGCCUGGUGCUCCCCCGCCACAGGACUAUACAAAAGCCUGGGAGGAAUACUACAAGAAACAAGCACAAGUGGUCACUGGUGGACCUGGAGUACCACCUGGCUCACAGCCAGACUACAGUGCUGCCUGGGCUGAAUAUUAUAGACAACAAGCUGCCUACUAUGGACAAACCUCUGGUCCUGGUGCCCCCCAACCACCACCUGUACAGCAGGGACAGCAGGCAAGUGGGAAUUGCCACCCACCCCCACCUUUUUCCUUCCAACCCCCUGCCACUGUUCACCCUGUCUUGAGUGGCACUGGCAAUCCCUUCCCCUGUGGGGUUUGUCCUUGAUGCCAGCUGCAAGGACCAUGUGCAUGAAGGCCUCUAGGUUUCCCCAUAGAUGGGAUUUUGUGCACUGGGUCCAGAGAUAAAGGAAGAGCCUUCUCUCCACCAGCCUGUUUGUUCCUUUGUAUUGCUGUUGUGAUUUUGAAGAGAACACAAUAAAGUUGAACUUUUGAAAUCGUGGGUUGGUCUUUGGGAAAGCAAGUACUUGGAUGAGUUUGGUUGCUGUUCUGGCCAUUAACUCACUGUCUUUCUCAUUGUCUCAUCUCUCUAAACCUGAUAAUAAAAACACUUUUUGGAAAGA